GGUUCUGCGGGCGAGGGCUCUUCGUUGGAGGGACGAGAGGGGCUUGGCCAGUGGAAAGCGAUAAGCGUCGGGGGCAGGCGCCCGUGACAGCGCGACGCCCUCGGCCGGGAGCCGCGGCUCUCUCCCUCCGCGCCGCGGGGGGAUGCGGAGGCGCCGGGGCCGCGCGGCAGCGAGGGGCGCGAAGGCGGCGGGGACAUGAGCGCGGCGCGCGGCCGGGAGCUGGGGCCGCCGCUGCUGCUGCUGCAGCUGCUGGUGCUGCCGCAGGGCGCGGGGCUGCCGGUUUCAGAUGUCUGUGCAACUUGCCACGUUCAUGCUACAUGUCACCAAAUUGAUGGAAAAAGUGCCUGUAUCUGUAACUAUGGAUUUGUGGGCAAUGGAAGAACGCAUUGCCAAGAUAAAGACGAGUGCCAGAUAGGUGCCAGCAAGAUCUGUGGAAAUCACACAUUGUGUCAUAACACACAUGGAAGUUUUUACUGCGUUUGCCUGGAUGGAUUCCGGGCCUCUAACAACAACAAGACAUUUAUUCCCAACGAUGGCACCAACUGUACAGAUAUAGAUGAAUGUGAGGAGCCUGGGCUGUGUGGUUACAACGCAAGAUGCGUCAAUACUGAAGGAAGCUACGAGUGUUACUGCAACGAUGGUUAUAAAUUAGAAAAUGGAGAGCGUUCUUUUCAUCCGAAUGUGAGCAGUGCUUCAUGUGAAGAAAUUAGAUGUGGCUCCCCUCCUGAAAUGAAGCACGGCUACAUUGUGGGGAACUACAGCCUGGUACCAGGAAGCACAGUUCACUAUGAAUGUAAAGAAGGGUUUUACAGUGACGAGGGAAAGUCCUCGUACUGCACUGUGAACAAAGCCUGGGAGCCUGCCUCUUUGAGCUGUAAAGGUGUGGAUUGUGGAGUUCCACCUUCUAUCUUAAAUGCACAUCAAGCAUCUGUAAGCGGGACCACGUAUGGAAGUGAAGUUACUUACAGUUGUGUUCAUGGUUACUUUAUUGCAAGUGGCAAUCAGACUGCAGUCUGCAAUGCCAAAGGACAAUGGGAUGGUGCUGAUUUGGUGUGCAAAGAAAUAGACUGUGGCAAACCUUUGCUGAUUCCACACACAGAAAUUAUCUGGGACAACUCUACCACUCUGCUGAGCAGAGUGUUCUAUAAGUGUAAAGAAGGAUAUUAUUUCAAUGGAGGGAGGAACUUUUCAGAAUGCACACUGGACCAGAAGUGGGAGAGUAUUACAUACAUAUGCGAAGAGGAGGAAUUAUUCAGUAAUUUGUCCGUAUUCAAUGAAACCUGUGUGAAGUGGCAAAUGAGAACUGGAAGACUGGGAGUGCAGAAAACUUACACAUUUCAUAUACUCGGCCAAAGAUGGGAUGAAAAGACAUUCUCAGAAGAUGUGAUACUUAACAUCACUACGAGUGAAGAUAAUCCAAAGGUGUGUUUAGACCUCAACUCUGGCAGUAACUACGUGGUGAAUAUUACUACCAUCUCUUCCACAAACAUACCUGUCUCAGUUACAGUAGCAGUUCGAACAAAGGUAAAGGAAGCUUUCAAUAACGUAUUAAUUUUUAAUGAUACCUGCUUGAAAUGGCGGAGAAAUGUAAGGGGAGCUGAUAUGGAAGACAUAUACUUAUUUCGUGUGCAUGGCCAGCGUUCAUAUCAGAAGGAGUUCUUGCAUGAAAUGACCUUCAACCUUACCACACGCAAGCAGGCUCCAGAAGUUUGUUUUGAUUUGCAGCCAGGCACCAAUUACUCUGUUAAUAUUUCCAUGGUAGCUUUGAAUUUUUCACUGCUGGUUUCCAUGGCAACGCAAAUCACAGAUCCCCCAUUCCCAGAUAUAGAAUUUGUUGCAGCAAAAGGUUCUGCACCGUUGCUCAGACUUCGGAAGGCAGAAGAUCGAAAUGGGCCCAUCAGUCUUUAUCAAGUGAUUGUGCUUCCACUUGGUUUACAAACUACUUUUGUUUGUGACUCCUUUGCUGCUGCAACUUUCUUUAGCAACACCACCGACGCUAAGGGAUAUGUGGCAGCUGAAUUUCGGGCAAAGGAUGUUGCUGAUAACAUGUCAGUUGCUCUUGGAGACAGACAUUACUACGGAAAGUUUUAUAAUGCUCCCUUAAAGCUGGGAAAAGAAUACUGUGUUUUUUUGAGAAUAAUAAGCGAGUGGAAUAAGGUGAGAACCCAGUCCUGUGCUGUAUGGGCGCAAAUUAGAAAUUCAUCACCCACCCUUCAAUACAUGACUGCUGUUGUAUUAGGGUCGGUUGCUGCUGUCUGCCUUAUACUGUUCUUGUCCUUCUCAGCAGCACGCUCUUAUCUCCACAGGACAGUGCACUCCCCACCUGCUGCUUUAGCCUGCGAGGGUGUACGUUUAUCUGCUACCAUGGACACAGCACGAGUAUCAUCAUUACUAGAGACUGAAAAUGUCUCUCUUCUCUAAUGUGGUAUCCCUUGAAGUCAGCAUAGAGAAAAUGCAGUCUCCUUACCAAAGCCAGCAUCUGUCAGGAUGUAUCUGUAAGGCACAUCUGUACUAUAGCAUUGACAUUGGAAAUGUGUUUGUUAUUGAGAUGUUCAUUGUAUCCCCUUGUUUUCAGACAGUGUGGUGUAUAAUGAACCUUCCAUCACAGAUGCGUUUGUCAGAGACAUUAGCAUGCAUCUCAUGUGUUUGGCCACACAUUUAGCUAUUCCAGCCACAUGGAUGCCUGGAAACAAGUGUGUUUAUCGUACCUGAUUACAUAAAUAAUCCCCUGAUCUAACUGAGACUAUCUGAAGAUCAACUGCUACUGUAAAUGCCUGAGGGAAUACACGCUGACCCACAGUGAGAGAAAAUGCAGAUCAACCCUAAGGACAGAUAAAGUGCCUAUGGUCUUUCCCAGUAAAAAGGUAGAUUUUAUUAGUUACUUAUGGAUAGUACAACUCCAAUAACAAGUACAGAGCUUUUAGUCACAAAAUUAUCACUUGAAAUAGUGUCACCAGGAGGUGUGUUCCAGAGAUAUUGCAAACAUUGCUCUUAGCAUUGGCAAUAAUUGCAAACAGUAAAAAAGAAAAGAUGUAGUGGCAUGUGAAACUGUUCUAAAGCAAAAGCUACCUGUCUUAAAUGCAGUUUUAGUUUUUCAAUCUCUGUUUUAUAAUUGCAACUGAAUAACAACAUUAAAAUUAUUGUCUGGUUGGUGAGCUGGUAUGUAACAUCAGGUUAGCAUCAAUUAAUAAAGUAUAGUUAAGUAAUUUCUUAUGGCAUACUCCCAGCUGAUAUUUUUUCCCCUCUAAGAAAGAAUCAAGUGCCUGACCUUAUUUCCACUCCUGUUCAGAAGUUGCUUUGAUAUAUAUUAACAAAAUCAUUCUGUUAACUAGUGAAAUAAAGAAGAAAGUGUUUUGGUUUUUAGCAA